AUGUUGUUCUUAAUUGUUCUUGUUCUUGUAUUACCAUUGACUAGUGAAGCUAUUGGAAAUAAUCGAAUAGUUUUCAAUAUACCCCUACAAUGGGUCAAUUGUAGUACAUGGACCGAUCAAUUGUCAAUUGAGAAAGUCGAAGCAAAUAUGUGGCCACCUAAACGCAAUGAAUUAUUAACAGUAUCCGUAUCAGGUGUAGCGAAAGAAUCAUUUAUAUAUGAUGAUCUUGGAAUUAAAUUACCUACAUAUCCUGGUCCAUUGAAAAUGAUUAUAUUUAAUGCUACAAUACCUGACGUAGCUCCCAACGGACAAUAUGAUUUAUAUGUCAAAGCAAGUGAACAAGAUCAUUUCGAAGUUCUAUGUGUUAAAAUUACUUGGGAAUUAUAA